AAAAAAUGCAACCUCCUGAAGAAGUAUCCAUUUCAUUCAUCACUAGAAACCAAAAGAGGAAGGAGAGGAAAAGCCAAAAGAAGAAUAGUAACAAUAGUAACAAACCCAACAGUAGUAAAAGCCUCCUGCCAAGAAUUACUUAGACUUAUCCAAUAAGCCAAUUCCUCCAAAUGCAAUAGUCAUUAAUUUUGAAGUGUGCAUCAAUUGCUAAAAAUCACAUUCGUUUUGUACACAACACGACGAACUUCGAUAUGCUAAAUUAUAUCAUGAAUUUAAGGAAGGUAACAUAAGUUAUUAUUUAAUACUAUAGCUGUUGAAGCUGCAAUUCCGAAUUCAUUCUGUGUAGUUAAUCAUUCAAUUUAGAAACCUUCCAUUGGAGCAUUUGAAAUAACUCAUUAAAGUAAUGCAUUAAUUUCUAAAGUAGACAAGAUAAUCUAUUCUAAAAAGAAUUCUGGUUUGUUUCCUUGUGUUGCACCUACAGUGGAGAGAAUUAAGAGAUUUCUUGAUGAUCUCUAAAAUGGCAAAGAUGUCAAGGGUUAUGCCACAACCAAAGAGAAGAAGCAAGAAAAACCAAUUGAAAAGAAAUCAAAACCAACCUUUUAAGCUUACAUAAGAAUGAAAGAAGAGGAAUUUGCCAGACAGGAAGCAAUUAGAGAAGAAAAUGAAAGAAAGAGAAAGGAAUAAGAAGAGAAGGAGGAGAAAGAAAGACAAGAGAGGGAGAGAAUAGAAGCAGAGAAUAAAAGAAUUGCAGAAGAGGAAGCUGCAAAGAAAGCAGAAGAGGAGAGAUUGAAAAAAGAAGAAGAAGAUAAAAUUAAAGCUGAAGAAGAAAAAAAGAAGGCUGAGGAAGCUGCAAACAACCCCUAAAACUAAGAAGGUGGUGAAAAACCUCAAGAACAAGCCUAAGGUGAGAAACCAGGUGAAAAGCCAGCUGAGAAACCUGCUGAGAAACCAGCUUAAUGAAAUUAUUAAAAUAGAUAAAUAAGC